AUGGGCGACCGAUUCCGCGCACGAAUCUCUGGAAUCACCAUCAACCCACGUUAUGCAUCCUUCGGUAGGAGCUAUGCCCAAGGGAUAGGGCCUGGGAUUGGGGGAUGGGAGCAGAUUGAGCUGCAGGAUAUCAUGCGGAAUGCUAGUGAGGAGGAUUGA